GACACAGCACUGUGAAAGAUAUGGUAUAGCUUGUAAAAUUAGGAUGAGAGCAUUGAGAGUGGUGCUUCAGCUUCACACUUUCUCAAUUCGGGUUUCCUCUACGUACUUCUCCUCCUCCCUCUUUCUUCACGGGAAUAGUUUGCGGAACAAAAGCUUAUUAUGGUUGGAUGCAAAUGCAACCUAUACUGAUAACUCUCGAGUCAGAAAGAUAUGGACUUCCACUCCUCUUUGUAUGGGCAGGCGUUCCAGCAAAAUUGCUGGUAGAAAGGAAGCCCAAGAUGCAAAGAAAGCAAAACUAUACUCAAGGAUUGGAAAGGAAGUUGUGUCUGCUGUAAAGAAAGGUGGUUCAAAUGUGGCAUCAAAUUCAGUUUUGGCUGCUGUACUUGAGAAAGCCAAAGAGCUUGAUGUGCCUAAAGAUAUUGUUGAGCGCAACAUCAAGAAAGCUUCUGAGAAGGGACAAGAGGCUUAUAUUGAGAAAAUCUAUGAGGUAUAUGGUUAUGGAGGAGCUAGUAUGGUAGUUGAGGUAUCAACUGAUAAGAUACAUCGUUCUGUGGCAAAGAUUAGAGAAGUGGUAAAGAACUAUGGAGGAAAGAUGGCAGAUUCUGGGUCUGUGAUGUUUAAGUUUAGACGGGUUCGGGUAGUAAAUAUUAAAGUCAGCAAUGCUGACAAAGAUCAGCUGCUUGCCAUUGCUUUAGACGCUGGAGCUGAGGAUGUAAUUGAACCUCCAACUUAUGAAGAUGACACUGAAGAGGAUAUGUCAGAAAGGUAUUAUAAAAUUGUAGGUUCUUCAGAGAACUAUUCAUCUAUACUAUCGAAGCUGCGAGAGGAUGGCAUAAAUUUUGAGCCUGAUAAUGGUUCUGAGCUUCUUCCAAAUACCACGAUUGAGGUAGACGAUGAGGCUAUGGACUUGAACAAGGAACUUAUGAGCAAAUUACUUGAGCUUGAUGACGUUGAUGCUGUAUAUACUGACCAGAAAUAGUCAUUUUUUAUAUCUUUAAAAGCUGUUCAGCAAACAGCACAAGGUUUAUCUUCGACACUGGGAGUUCAUAUCAUAAUCUGAUCCUUUUUUUACUUGCGAGGGUUCCCAGAAUCGUGCUUUCUGGGAAGGGAAUUUCAUUUGAUUCGAAAGUGAGGAUAUUUAAAUUAUGUAUUGCCUUAACUAACAAAUUGACGAAGUACUUUGAUCAGGGAGAGAUUUCUUUGCAACUAUCUCCUUGGAUUUCUGUCUACAUGAUUGGUCUUUUAAGAAAUAUAUU